UCCUAUUAUUCAUGAUAAGCGAGACGUAUUUUCAUGGGAAGAAAAUUAAUAAAAUUAAUUAAAUAAAAAUUUAAUUCUUACUUAUAGUUCAUCGUUUUGAAAAAUUUGCAAAUAAUAAGUGAAGAACGUAUAAAUUUUAAUGAGAAAUGAGUAGUGAUACAUUGCGGGAGCAAACAAAUAGUGCCAUUCAAUUGUUUGCAUUACAUUUGGAACAAUUUAUGCAAAUUUCCCUCAAAGUGAUUAAACAAUUCUUUGCCGACUCUAUAUUUGUCAAGUCAAUUGACUUUUCACCGCUCCAGAGCACUCUUCUGAACGUAUUGCUGGUGCUUUUGCUAUUUACAAUCGUAUUAAUAGGCUAUUCCUGGAAGGUAUACGGAAUAGUAAUUACAGAGAAAUUUGUACGACCAAGUACUCUGAAAGAAAUCGAAGAGCUUAAGUCUUCAGUGGAUAAACUAAAGUUACCAAAAGAGCAUUCGCCGAGGAUUUAAUUAAAAUGUCA